AUGAUAUUGGAACAGCAAAACGCCGCUAUGCUGUUCAUUUUUGCACUUCUUCUAGGAUAUUUUGUAGAUUUUGGAAAUGCGGGAAAGGCAGUUUGUACGAGGCCUGCCGCUCCAACUACUCUAAAUUUUCCAGAGGACUUAACUGUUGGUACCAUACUGUAUAGUUACUCUGGAACAGACAGUGAUGGAGAUACUGUUUACUACUUUACAUAUGGAGGUGCAAAGGCACCCUUCUCUUUGCAAGGAAGAGAUCUAUCAUUAAUUUCUGCCCUGGACUUCGAAAAUCCUACAUCUUUGUAUAUAGUGGACACUGUUGGGUACACUUAUAAAAUUCCUAUUUUAAGAAAAUUCUUUUAA